GCUGGGCGGCCGGCUGCUGCUGGGGGUGAUAAGCGGCUGCGAGCGGUGGGCAGGCACCGCGCCUUCCUCCUCCUCCUCCUCCUCCUCGCCUCCUCUCCUCCUCCUCCGCCUGACGUCAGCCCGCGGCCCCGCUCAGUCUCGGGCGGCCGGCGGCGGGCAUGGCUGGGGGGCGGCGGCCGGCGGGGCUCGCCCUGGGCUGGGGCUGCUGCCUCCUGCUCUGCUGCGCUGCAGCCAGCAGGCUGGAGAUCUCCAUGCCACCUGUGCUGGACGUGGAGGUCGGGGGCACAGCCAGGAUCGAGUGCAACUUCUACAUCCCAGAAAAUGCUUCCUACACCUACAUCGACUGGUUCUACGUGGACCGCAGCAACAAGCAGGUGAGGCUGUACCACGCCACGGCCAGCGGGGUCCUGCAGGACGACACGGAUUUCAARGAGCGGCUGUCCCUGGGCAAGGACAAGGCCCUGUCCAUCAGCAGGGUGACACUGCAGGAUGCCAGGACCUUCAUGUGCCAGGUCGGGGCUGGCAGCUACGGUGUGGGAGAGAACAGCACCCAACUCAGAGUCUACAAGGUCCCCACAGUGCCUGAGAUUGAGCCCAACUCAGGAGGAAUCUCUGUGCAGAGCAGUGAAAUCCCGGAGAUCGCCAAAUGCGUGAGCAGGAACGGCUUCCCCCCUCCCAACAUCACAUGGCACAAGAACGGGGAACUGCUGCAGCACGGRGAGAACCGUGAGUGGGAUGGGAGAGGGGCUGGGUGGGGGCUGGCACCCCAGGAGCCCGAGGGAGCCCUGGUUUGGGGCUGGAACAGCGGCUGUGUCCCCGCAGAGGUGACRAUCCCAUCGACGCUGACGCGCGAGUCGAGCGGGCUGUACACGGUGAGCAGCGCGCUGUACGCGCCCGUGCGGCGCCAGGACCGCCACUCCCGCUACCACUGCACCGUGCACUACUGGCUGCGGGGACAGAGGAGCUCCCUGGACUCACGGGGGGUCAAGGUCAACGUUUUCUACCCCGCUGAGCAUUUGAAGCUGAAGGUGGUGUCGGCCUCGGAGCUGGUGAAAGAAGGGGACGAUGUGCAGCUGGUCUGUGAGACUGAUGGCAACCCACAGCCCGUCUUCAGCUUCUUGAAGAAAACGGUGGACGACUGGCUGGAUCUGUCGUGGCUGGCAGAGCCCGACAGCGGCGUCCUGAACCUGCACCAUGUGAACAAGAGCAGCAGCGGCACGUACAAGUGCCAGUCCCUGGACCUGGAUGACAUGACACAGAUGGAGGAGGACGUGGACCUCGUUGUGAACUACAUCGAAGGGGUCCGUGUGAAGAUGGAGCCGUCCUCGACCCUUCAUGAAGGGGACAGUGUGACGCUGAGCUGCGAUGCCCACAGCCCCGUGGACUUGAAGUACCAGUGGAGGGAUGAGAAGGGCAAGGAGCUGGCGAAUGGCAACCAGCUCUUCCUCAGCAACCUCACCUUCGAAAACUCCAACAACUUCAGCUGCAAAGUGAUGGCCCCGAGCGUGCCGGGGCUGGAGCAGAGCAAGCAGGUGUCCCUGGCNNCCCCAGGGAAGCCGCGGAUCGUGGCCAUCAGCUCCCCGCUGUACGUGCGGCCGGACGAGGUGGUCAACCUGACCUGCAAGGCCGUCGCCUACCCCCAGCCCACRGUCCAGUGGAGCAUCAACGGCACGGCUCGUGAGUACCGGGACAAGCAGCACAUCACCAGCAACCUGACGGUGCGGGUGAGCCAUGCCCUGCUGCAGGCAGGAGCAAGGUGCCGUGUGUCCAACCACCUGGGGGUCAGCGAGAAGCACAUCCAACUGCUGGAGGGUUCCAUCAAGAAGGAUCAAAAGUCAACAGCAGAGAGCCAAGGGGUGAUCAUCGUGGCCAUCAUUGUGGCCAUCCUCGUGGUGGCCGUGCUGGGCGCCGUUAUCUAYUUCCUGCACAAGAAAGGCAAGAUCCCGUGUGGCCGUGCCAGGAAACAGGACAUAGCGAGAAAUACAUCGAUCUGAGAAACUAGAGAGCGAAUCUCCUAAGUGCUUUCUUCCUUCCAACCUUUCCUGCUCUUGGAUUGCCUUCUCCCACCCCUGCUGCAGCCCCUGGGGGGCACGGCCAGUGACCACUGGCAUUUGGGGGCCACCUCCCUGCCUCACCUGGCCGYCACCUCAGCCCAGGGCUCGCAGGUGUUGCCUUAGCAAAGCUGGACUCGCUUUACUACUCCAGAGAAGCCACAGCAAUAUUAGGAAGAACUACCCCAUUAAUCCCUACUUGGUGGAAGGAUUUGAGGCUCUUUCAGGUAAUCUGUUCUGUACACGGCGUGGGAAGGUUUUGAUGCGUUUUUUUUUACCCUGAACUUGCUCAGAGGGGCUGGUGAGAUUUUGGGAUGUUUUUUGGGAUGUGCCAGGCACYUUGGCUGCAGUGGUGUGCAGGUUGAAGAAGAGUGGAAAGGGUGUGAGUUAGAGAGGGUGUUUGCAGCUUCUGAGAGGGUUUUUAAUGCUUUGCUUUCCCUUUGAGCUGUUCCUGUGUCAGUUUAGCYCAGUGGUGGGAGGAGAGGAGCUGGCAGAGCCAGGAAGGGGCAGCAAUCUCCAGAAAAGCUUUUGGAUGUCCGGUUUGGAGCUGUGCUGAGCUGAGGGGCAGGGCUCCCCUCUCCYCUCUGAAUUGGGUUUAUUUUUGGGGUGCUGCAGCAGCAGGUCCCAGAGUUCCCCCCAAUUUCCAGUUGACAUUAGACAGAGCCAGUCAGUGACGUCUCAGGGUUUUUUUUUGUGCUCAACCAUUGCCAGCCCCAGGUCAAACCCCUCUCUGUGCUUCGGUGGCCCCACUCUGGGCAGGGGAGACGGGCAAGAACCCACCUUGAGCUUCUGUCCCAGCCCCUUCUGCCUCGAAAUUGCGUCCUCUGAGCUCUGCUGGCCACAAAUCUCYGUCCCCUGGGUGUCCCAGCGCUGUCCCCAGCGCAGCCCUAACCAGAGGGGAACCGUCCCUGCCUGCUACACGUGGUGUCCGAGCAAAAGCUUUGGUUUAUAUAUAUUUUUGUUGGAUUGUGUGUACAUUUCCAGGAGUUUUGUUGUCGUUUUUUUUUUCUUUUUGUCCGAUACUUGCGAGGUUUUUGGUUUUUUUUUUUUAUAUAUGUGAAAAUAAAGUACGGAUUCAAAGCUGA